CCCAUGUUUGGUAAGACUAAAUGCUGUGCCGAAAGGGAAGGAUGGAAGCUUCUUGUCCUGAUUAAUAAUAGCAGAAGUUCUAUUUCCUCAGGGUGGAUGCUGUAUUUAGAGGAAGGUUGGAUCUAUAGAACGUAUUUUCUGCCGUCGGUUGUAUGCUACUUCGGCCGACCUGAUUUAAAUAACAGAGAAAAGGUAGGAUCAUAAGCGCGAGAAGAAACCUAUGGCAAAGAGAAAUGAAAUCCAUGCAAUACGGCCGAGUAAAUUCCCUUGAAUGUAUCAUUACAGCAACUAGGCGCUGAUGAAACCAUAAACGCGAGUUUUCGGUUGGCUGGCAAACGUGAUUUUCCAGGUGGAGGAGCCUAUAUAGUGGGAUCUCUGCCGAAAGCAGCAACCAUUAUAAGACUACGGCGAGAACAGAGGUUACAUUUAGUUGUGGCGGCCGCUCUGAAACUCAGCGAGAGGGAAAAUGUGGGUUUUCGGGUGGACAGGUGAAUCUGGAUUCUCAGCUCGUUCCACCGCCGAGCAAGUUACGGCGGGGAUCGAUGGCACCGGCCUCACUGCCAUCGUUACAGGGGCAUCGUGUGGCCUUGGGUUGGAGACUACCCGAGUUCUUGCCCUGCGAGGUGUUCAAGUCGUGAUGGCUGUGAGGAAUGUCGACGCUGGUUAUGAAGCUAGACGUUCGAUCAUGGAUGGCAUCCCAACUGCCAAGCUCGAGGUUAUGAGAUUGGAUCUCAGCUCGUUGGCAUCGGUUCGAAACUUUGCGUCAGAGUUCGUCUCCACCGGCCUUCCACUGAACAUUCUCAUUAACAAUGCAGGCAUCAUGGCAUGCCCUUACUCGCUUUCUGAAGACAAUAUUGAGCUCCAAUUUGCCACAAACCAUUUGGGCCAUUUCCUACUGACUAACUUGUUGCUAGAGACUAUGAAAAGGACGGCUCAUGCAAGCAAUAGAGAGGGGAGAAUCGUCAUCCUAGGAUCACUUGCUCAUAUCUUCACGUACAAGGGAGGAAUUCGAUUUGAAAGACUUAACGAUGAAUCUGGAUACUUUGGGAUGUCAGCUUAUGGACAGUCGAAGCUUGCAAACAUACUGCACGCGAAGGAGCUAGCUAGGCGUCUCCAGGAAGAUGGCGUGAAUAUCACUGUUAAUUCACUUCACCCUGGAUCUAUUGUUACCAACCUUUUGCGGCAUCACAGUGUAGUGAAUGGGCUUGCUAACUUGUUUGUUAAAUUUGCACUCAAGAAUGCUGAACAGGGAGCUGCUACAAGCUGUUAUUUGGCGCUGCACCCUCAAGUUAAAGGUGUCACUGGUAAACACUUCAUGGACUGUAAUUUAGCCGAACCGAACUCCCUAGGGAAAGACAUGAAACUGGCUAAGAAGCUUUGGGAAUUUAGCUUGAGCUUGAUCCAUCAGGCAAGAACAUGAAUAAUAUAUCAGAGCAACUCUCUAUACAUGACUUUUCUUCUUUCAACCGAGGCAGAUGUACUUCUUCCAACCAGAUAUGGUUACAGUUACAUAUUGAAAGAGUACACCAUGUUCAGACAGGAGCUUUUCUAGACUCCUGUAUUCUUCAAGAGUGUAUGAUAAGAUUUACAGUUGUUUACAGCGCCCAAACGUAUAAAAGCUGAGCUGCUGCUAACAUGUCAGGUCUCAAUAAGCAAUUUCUCAUCUGUCAGUUGUUCGAAUUUCCACGUCGGUUGUUAUGGGUUGAAAGUAAUUAGUGGAUUCUUCUGCAAAAUGGCUGUUCCAAAAAUCCUUGCCCCCAGCUCUUGGUAACC